AUGUCAGCGGAGGGCGAAGGAGUGCCGUUGCUCGGCGCGAAAAAGACCGCUCCCUUGGGGCUGGCAGUGAUUGCGAACAAGGGCGCUGUGGCCAGAGACCAUAUGGCCAACGAGCGAACGUUUCUUGCGUGGCUCCGCACGUCGCUUUCUCUCACCACCAUUGGCAUUGGCAUUGUCCAGCUCUUCAAGCUCCAGCUCAAAGGAGAGUAUGAAGAAAUGACAAAGUUCGGCAAACCCAUUGGCGCCGGCUUCUUCUUGUUGGGAAUCCUGGUGCUUUUGUUUGGGUGCUACCGCUUCUUCAAUGUCCAGGCGUUGCUUCUACAAGACAAGUACCCGAUCUCAUAUUUCUCGGUGCUGCUGCUUGUGGCAUCAGUAUUUGUGUUGGUGUUUGCAACCGUGGUUGUGGUGUUCACCCAGUGA